UCGAAUUUAUGCUUUUAAAUAAUUUGUAGAUCGGACUUAUUAAAUCCAUAUUUUCAAUUUGGAAUCCAGUGAAAUAAUCGCAUUUGUAUAUUUUAUAGAAUGCAAUCAAUUAGGCAAUAUCAUUUUCAAAAAUAUUUCACACCUGUACUGUGCUCAUCUUCUAAUUUUAAUACACAGUUUACACGGAGAAAUAUUUCUCAUGAUGACAGGCGAAUAACGAAAGGACUUGUCAUUGGUGUGUACAUUAAAGAUGACGACAAGGUCCCUAAAUUAACAACCAGUGGCGAAAAAUUUGAUGAUCGCGUACAGGGCAAACUCACGGAAUUGAUAAGAGAAUGGAGUAUAACAGGUGCACUAGGCAAAGGAAAAGUUUUUAAUAAUUUAGACCCCGAAUAUCGAUCUGUAGCUGUAGUUGGCGCCGGUAACGAUGGUGUUGGAUACAAUGAAAUGGAAGUGAUUGAUGAAGGAAUGGAAAAUGCUCGUGUAGCUGCUGGUAUAGGUGCACGUAGUUUACAAUAUCAGGGUUGUUCUGAAAUAUUUAUGGACUCCCUAGAUUAUCCCGAACAAGCAGCAGAAGGUGCCGCCUUAGCUAUGUAUCGAUAUUCCGAUUUUAAACGUCCAAAACAUCGCAUACCUCUUCCAAAGCUAGAAUUAUAUGAUUCUCCAGAUGUUGAUGCUUGGACUCGUGGUUUAUUUAAGGCGGAAGCACAAAAUUUAGCGCGACGUUUAACCGAUACUCCAGCAAAUCAAAUGACACCCACUGCUUUAGCACAGGCUGCAGUAGAUGCAUUGUGUCCUUGCGGAGUCUCUGUUGAAAUUCGUACAAUGGAAUGGAUUGAACAAGUGAACUUAAAUUCGUUUUUAGCAAUUGCAAAAGGUUCGUGUGAACCACCAGUGUUACUUGAAGUUUCUUACUGUGGAACAUCACCAGAGGAUAAACCCAUACUGCUGCUAGGCAAGGGCAUAACAUUUAAUAGUGGUGGUCUCUCUUUGCGCAAAGCUUUGCGCAUGGAUCAAUAUCGUGGUUCUAUGGCUGGUGCUGCAACAGUCAUAGCUGCAAUACGCGCAGCAGCAGCUCUGUCAUUGCCAAUUAAUGUUACUGGUAUUUUACCAGUGUGUGAGAAUAUGCCCUCAGGCAUGGCAGUAAAACCCGGUGACGUUAUAACUUUAUUAAAUAAAAAAACAAUGGGUAUUCGUGAUAUUGAUAAGGCCGGUGUUGUUGUG